GGUUUGUUUUGCUAAAAUGGAAUUAUUUACCUCAACACCUGGCUUUUGUCCCACUUGUGGUUCUAUAUUUCCACCUGUGGACAGUGUUAAAGAUGUAAUUUGUUAUAAUUGCAAACAAUCAUUUAAACCAGAUGUAUUUGGCGAACAAAUUGUAGAGUAUACAAUUCAUUUCAAUAACUACGAUCCAGAAAAGGUAGUGAAAACUAAAGAGGAAAAAGAUUCAGGUCCGGAAGGUCCAGUAGUGGAACGAAAGUGUCACAAAUGUGGUCACGAUAAGAUGUCAUAUGCCACACUUCAAUUAAGGUCUGCAGAUGAAGGACAGACUGUAUUUUUUACAUGUCUGAAAUGCAAAUUUAAAGAAUCAGAAAAUUCCUAGUUUAAUACUUAGCUAUAAAAUUGUCAAUAUUAAUAAAUAUAGUAAUAAAGAAUUUUUAAUAAAAAUUUAAUGAAAAA